CCCGCAGCAGGGAGAGGAGCGGGCGGUGGCGAGGCGAGGCGCGGGGCUGCGCUGAGCUCCGGGAAGGCGCGUCACCGGGGCGGGGGCCGCCCAGCCGCCAGCUACCGGCCCCGGGAGUCGGGGAGCCCGUCCGCGCCCGCCCGGGAUGGACGAUCUGGACGCACUCCUGGCUGAUCUGGAGACGACCACCUCCCAUAUCUCCAAACGUCCAGUUCUGCUCACAGAUUCAGGAGGAACUCACCCCAACGGGCUGAAACAAGACGGGACUUCAGAUCCCAAGCCGCUGCCUCCGCCUUACAAUCCACAACAGCAGGCUGGUCCCACAGCUAUGCCCAUAGAUCCAGUCCCAGCUUCCACCCUGCAGGGUGGAAGUGACAAAGAACACCUAUACAGCACAGUCUGCAAGCCUCGAUCUCCCAAGCCCAAGGAAGGAGGUCCUCCGCCCUUCUCCUCAUCCAGCGGCGUUCUUGGUGCUGGCCUUUGCGAACUGGACCGGCUCCUGCAGGAACUUAAUGCAACCCAGUUCAACAUCACAGACGAAAUAAUGUCCCAGUUUCCAUCCAGCAAAAGUUCCGGUGGGGAUAAAGGCAAAGAUAGGUCUGAAGAUUCUGCCGAUGGUGGCUCUUUAACCCGGCCAGCAGCUCCUGCGAAACCAUCGGCAACAUCGGCCACCCUGGAGCUGGACAAGCUGAUGGCCUCUCUGUCAGAUUUCCGGGUCCAGAGCAACCUUCCAACAGCUGCUCCAACCACAGUGUCUCCGCCUCCAGCUCCUGCCCGGGUGUCCUCUGCACAGCUUCCAGUGGUCUCAUCCGUCUGCUCCAGCCCCCCUGUUGCGCCCGCACAGACGUCACCGGCCCAGCCGAGUGGGAAUCUGGAUAGCAUGCUGGUAAUGCUGGAGUCUGACCUCAGCCGCCAGGGGAUCUCCACCACGGCCAAGGGGCUGUGUGCUUCGUGCCAGAAGCCCAUUGCAGGGCAGGUGGUAACGGCGCUGGGGAGCACCUGGCACCCAGAACAUUUUGUCUGCACCCACUGCCAGAAGGAGAUGGGGGGCAGCAACUUCUUUGAGAAGGACGGUGCCCCUUACUGCGAGAGAGAUUACUUCCAGCUCUUCUCUCCCCGCUGCGGCCUCUGCAAUGAACCCAUCUUGGAUAAAAUGGUGACCGCACUGGAUAAGAACUGGCACCCUGAGCACUUCUGCUGUGUCAAGUGUGGGCAGCCCUUUGGGGAAGAAGGCUUCCACGAGAAGGACGGGAAGCAGUACUGCCGCCAAGACUUCUAUGAGCUCUUUUCCACCCGCUGCCAAGGAUGCAACCAAGCGAUCCUGGAGAACUAUAUCUCUGCUCUCAAUGCCUUGUGGCACCCAGAAUGUUUUGUAUGCAGGGAAUGCUAUACGCCCUUCGUGAAUGGAAGUUUCUUUGAACAUGGCGGCCGCCCCUUCUGCGAGAUCCACUAUCACAAGCAGCGUGGCUCGCUUUGUUCUGGCUGUGAGAAGCCCAUCACGGGCCGCUGUAUCACGGCUAUGGCACGCAAGUUCCACCCGGAGCACUUCGUCUGUGCCUUCUGCCUCAAGCAGCUGAACAAAGGCACCUUCAAAGAGCAGAACGACAAACCCUACUGCCAUCCUUGCUUCAUCAAGCUCUUCGGGUGACAAGGAGGCGCCUCGGCCCUGCCACAGCCAAGCCACACGCCUACUUCCUAUUUGGGGAGGAGGAGGGGCCCCACCGAUCUCAGCCUUUGAUUAAGCCACGCCUCUUCCAUUUGUGGGAGGGGCCUGUGCCUUAUGGGCUCUGCCCUCACUGGAGCCACCACGCCAUUGCCAAAACCACACCUCUAGACAGAGCCAUGUGCAAAGUCAAGCAAAGUGAGAUGCAGGAUUUAUCCAUGUCUCCCACUCUCCUCAGGAGCUCCUCCCCGGUCACAGCACGAGCACUCACUCCACCCCGCCCUAUCACAUGCUGCUUAAAGCCACACCUCCACCAAGCCACCGUUUAUGACAGGAGGCAGUGCCUUAAGCCACACCCACAAGACAAGCUGGUGAUGUCAUCUGGGUAGGAGGCAGGAACUUAAAGAAGCCACACCUUCCCACCGCUCUGCUCAAUAGCAUGGAAUGGGGCAUACCAGAGCCACUCUCCCUUUGCAGUGCUGGCUCCAUCACAAAGUCACAAAGCCAUUCGGGUGGGAACUAGGACUGGGAAAAUCUUCACUCUCUGGUUCUCUGGGCUGUCUUACAAUUCUUGCCCUAAUAAUUUUUGUCUGGAGGCUGCUAAACUCCCUCUCCGUAGCUGCCUUAAAGCACUUAUAAUCCUGAUACUAACAUGGUUCAACGGCAAGCAGGCAAAGGAUUGGGAGGUGGUUGGGCAGGGAAGAGAUGAUGCUAACUGCCCUCGCUAUUUUUUGCAAAGGUUUAGGGUGUGUUUCUAUGGAAACAUCUGGGAUCGUGGGUUGUGCAAGUGGUGAGGAGGGACCGGAGCUAAACCUUUCUAAGGGGAUUGGCUCAGACUUGCUUCUCUCAUGUAGGGUGGGUGAGAGGCUACUGUUGAAGGCAUAUUUCCCCCUUAUAGGCUGUGGUUGACCAUGUCCUUGAUCGCACGUGGCAGAAAGUGUUGGGGUGGGGGCGGGAAGGGGAGUAAGAAGCUUACUUACUCUGCAGUUUUGACUUAGCUCAUCAUCAGCCUGAAAAAAACAAAGGGUAUUUGCGUUUCUGUGUCCCAAUGGAGCCCAAGGACGCCCCUCUCUCUUCUGCCACCAGAGUUCCAUGCUAACCUCCUACCCUUUCACUGCUGUACAUUAUAUAACAAAAUUCACAUAUAAAAUGGAAAACCUGUCAAGGUGA